CGUAACACACAGUUGUGUGUCGUAAUGCGCUAGGGUCUGACUGAUCCUGUCCACACGUGAGAAUUGUGCCGACAACUAAAAGUUGUCAUAUGCAUGGAAAUAAAACGAUUGCCUAUUGAACAACCAGUGAAUAAAUAAAAGAUGAAAGCAACAGCCAAGGAGCAGAUGGAGCAAUCAGAGUCUUCGCACGAUGAGGAAGAUGAGGGACCGACCAGGGCCAAAAGGGGUAAGCCCGAGGUGGUCCAGAACGGGCUCCUCCGUCCCGUGAAGCUGUCGCGCGGUGACCUCUACAAACCUCCCACCGCAGAUGAACUAAACCAGCUCAAGGAGGCCGAGAGCCUGUUCCACUGCAGCCUGCUCAAGAUGCAGAUGGAGGAGCUGCUGAAGGAGGUUUCCCUGAGUGAGCGCAGGAAGCAGCUGAUUGACUCUUUUGUCCAGAGUGUCACUGAGCAGCUCCAGACUGUACCACAGACUUCUGACAUGGAGCUAAGUGACUUGUCAUGGUUGUCAGGAGGGGUGAAGGUCCCCUUUGUCUUGGUGCCAAAGGCAGCCAAGGGCAAGUUUCACAUGGCACCGCCCAUAUCUGUUACCAUCAUAGGCAGCUACCCACUGGGCACCUGCACCAAACCAGGCAUUUCAGUUGAUCUGGCAGUCACUAUUCCUGCUGAUAUCCUGCACCCUAAAGAUGCCUUAAACCAGAGGUACCCACGGAAGAGGGCGAUUUACCUGGCAGGACUGGCACAACAUCUUGCCGCCUCUCCCGCCAUCGGGGCCAUGCGGUACUCAUGUCUCCAUGGCAACCGCCUCCGUCCUAUCCUGUUGCUUUCCCCUCCAGGCAAAGACUCCUCCAGUUUCACCUUGCGACUCCACGCAUGCCCUCCACCGGGCUUCUUCAAGCCCAGCCGCUUCCACCCCCAGAGGAACAACAUCCGCACCGACUGGUAUACUGGCCUGGGGAGCUCUCAGCCAGCGACAAGUGAGCCGCCCACUCCCCACUACAACAGCUCUGUUCUUGGGGACAUGCUACCCAGGGCCCACCUGCAGUUCCUGACCGCUGUGAGCUCCCAGUGUGCCGCCUUUGCAGAGGGAGUGGCACUGCUCAAAGUGUGGCUCAGACAGAGGGAGCUGGACCAGGGCGUUGGGUGUUUCAGUGGAUUCCUUGGCUCCAUGCUGCUGGCAUACCUCCUCUCCUGCCACAGAGUCAGCAACACCAUGACAGCCUACCAGCUGCUCCGCAACAGCCUGCAUUUCCUGGCUUUCAACGACCUGACCGAGAAUGGAAUUACCCUAGCCAAAGGCCCAGAUUCAACAGUGCCCUCUCUCGCCGAGUUCCACACUGCUUUCCAGGUUGUUUUUGUCGACCCCUCUGGACACCUCAACAUGUGUGCUGACAUGACAGCCUGCACCUACAAACAGGUGCAGCACGAGGCUUCUCUGUCGCUGCAGUUUUGGGACGACCCCACCGUGGAUGGAUUCCAUGCCCUACUCAUGACCCCCAAGCCCAUGAUCAGGACCAGUGACCAUGUCUUCCAGCUGUGUGAGCUGGUCAAGCUGCAGGGCUGCUGUAAGAAACUCAACCUCCUCAGUGAACUCAUGGACCACAGUGGAAACUACGUCCUCACCGCACUCCCCUUCAUCCUCUCCCUCCUGCAACGAGGACUGGGCCAAAGAGUCCGCCUCCUCACCCACUCACUGACCCCUGACCCCGAGUGGCCGGUGGAGAGUGAUGCUCCGAAGCACAACGCCCAGCCACCCCUGUCCUUUGGCCUGCUGCUCAACCCAGAACAGGCGGCCUCUGUACUGGAGAGAGGACCCCCAGCCGAUAGUCCCAAGGCUGAGGAGUUCAGGCAGCUGUGGGGGUCUCGCUCUGAGCUGCGUCGGUUCCAGGACGGUGACAUCACGGAGGCUGUGGUGUGGGAAGGAGAGACCACCUGUCAGAAGAGACUGGUCCCACGCCAGCUCAUCACCCACCUGCUGCAGCUUCAUGCAGAUAUACCAGAAUCCUGUGUGAGAUACAUUGGAGGGAUGCUGGAUGAUGUCAUCAAAGUGGGACGUGAGGUGUGCAGUACUGGUGAGGAGGAGAGUCUGAAGGUGGUUCAGUCAUAUGAUGAUCUAAGCAGGAAGCUGUGGACGCUGGAGGGGCUUCCCUUGUCCAUAACUUCAGUGCAGGGGGCCCACCCAGCCCUCCGCUACACCCAGGUGUUCCCCCCAGUGCCCCUGAAGCUGGACUACUCAUUCUUUGACAGAGAGAAGUUGUCCCGGUCACUGGUACCCCAUGAGGUCAAACCUUGCCCUGUGUACAUCACCCCUGUCCAAGUGAUCUGCCACAUGGAGGGCAGUGGGAAGUGGCCUCAUGACAGAGUGGCCAUCCGCCACAUUAAAGCAGCCUUCCACAUCAGCCUGGGAGAACUGUUAACCCAACACCACCACUACACCUGCCAGCCCAGUCCCACACACCUGGAUGUGUGGAAGGAUGGCUUUGUGUUCAGGAUCCAGGUAGCGUACCACCGGGAGCCUCAGGUCCUGAGGGAGAGUGUUAGUCCAGAGGGCCUGCUCAUCGUCAGGGACAACGCGGAGGCUCAGGCCCUGGAGAUGGCCACCAUGCAGCGGCCCCUACUCACCAGCACCCUGCACGGGCUCCAGCAGCUCCACCCAUGCUUCGGGGCGGUGUGUCGCCUGGCCAAGCGCUGGCUGGGAGCGCAGCUCUUUAGCGAUGACAUCACAGAGGACACUGCUGACCUGCUGGUGGCGUCCCUCUUCCUGCAGCCGGCCCCCUUCACUCCUCCAGGGUCUCCUCAGGUCGGUUUCCUUCGGUUUCUCCACCUACUCUCCUCCUUCGAUUGGAGAAAUAACCCCCUGGUUGUCAACCUCAACAGCCAGCUCACCGCUGCUGACUACACUGAGAUCAAGAAUGACUUCAUAGCCUCCAGAGAGUCUCUGCCUGUUAUGUUCAUGGCCACACCCAACGACAAGAAAGUCUCCAUUUGGACCAAGCAGGCUCCCACUGUGCAGAUGUUGCAGCGUGUGGUGAUGGUGGCUGCAGAGAGCCUGAAGAUCCUAGAACCUUUGCUGAUGGACACCAACCAGAUACAGGACAUCAGGGUGGUCAUGCGGCCUCCAUUGGAUCCCUAUGAUGUCCUGAUCCACCUGAGCCCCAAGCAGGUGCCCUUACUAAGCCAGGCAGUGGACCCGCCUCAUGCCACCUUCAGCAGGGGCAUCCUGGCUGGCAGAGUGGCCAACACUGGAGGGGCACUACCCGUCAUCGACUUCAACCCCGUCACCCACUACCUGGCAGAGCUCAGGGAUGCAUUUGGAGACCUGGCUCUGUUCUUCUAUGACCCCUAUGGCGGCACUGUGAUCGCGGUGUUAUGGAAACCCAAAGCCUUCACCCCACUGCCGUUUAAGACCUCCCAGAUGGUGGCUCGUCGUGUGGAGGUGAGUGGGGAGGAGGCUCACACUGUCCCCAACGUGGAGGCCAUCCUGGAGGAUUUCAGGGUCAUGGGCCAGGGCCUGGUGAAGUCUGUGGAGCCAAGGACGGAGAAAUGGGUGGUGUAGUGUGGACUGAGGUCACACACACCCCCACACACACAUGUACCAUGAUCAUAUUUUAACUUGCACAAUCAAGUUCGACUUUAAAUUCAUUCCCCAUAGCCAGCAACUUUCUUAGUGCAAAGGUUGCAUGUUCAGAUCUCAUCACGGACAACUUUAGCAUUUUAGCUAACUUUGCAACUACUUAGUAUGUUAGGUUAAAAGCUUAAGGUUCGCUAACUCCUAACCUAGCUAACAUUAGCCACCUAGCAAUCUAGCUAACGUUAGCCGUAACAAAUUGGAAUUGGUCACAUAUCAUACGUAUUGCAAAUUUGUAACAUAUUGUAGGAAUCGUAAUUCGUAACAUGAAGUGGAUGGACAUCAACAAAUUGAUAAUACCAUAUGAAAUGCAGCAUCAUACUAAAUUGAGUGAAUUUACUUUUACUAUGUUAUGUUUACCCCUGAGUACAGCUUGAACACAUUUAAUUGUAUAUCAAAGUCUGUUAUCAAAACAAGUCAAGGAGAUUUAUUGGGUAGGAGAAAUGUUGUAAGAAACUAACCAUGUCUUUGUUUUUGCUGGUUCUUUACCCAGUCUUAUAAAAAACGAGUAUUCUCAAGCUUGUCUGUGUUACUGUUUCAUCUGGGAGGGUAAAUACUGACAGCAUGAUGCGGUAGCAGUGAACUGUCCCUAUGGUAAUCCCCAUAGUGUAAAAGCAGUCUAGUUGAGAUGAUGUAUCCUGACCAACAGGGGGUGCUUCACCCUAUCUAUGAAAGUAGAACAUGAAUUUAAAGCAUGGUCAAUCUGCAUCUGCAUUAGCCAUGCAGCAUUUACGGCGUUUGCAGAGGUCAGGGCAUUCAUACUUGUGCUUUGCAGAGCUGUUGUGAAGGAAGUGAGUUUGUGCUCAUAUAGGACCUCCUGCCCUCACCUACUGUCAACUAGUCAUGUCAAUGCAGAGCUUUAUGGAGCCCUAGAGUUGUUACAAAAAGAGGAAAAGAGGCUCCGUGGGAGUGCGGUAUGGAGCUCAAUUUGGCCUGUGAGCAAAGACUCACACUGUUCAAGCACCUCGGGCCACAUUUUCGUAUCGAGCAUAAGUUUUCUCUUAGAGUACAGGCAGGCAUGCCUGAGCAUGACUGACUAGGCUACACCCUCCCCUUCUCCUGGGAAGAAACCCGGGGACGCAUAAGUAACAUGAAGUGUCAUUACUCUGGCCGUUUGGGUGUAACGAUUACCAUUUGAAAUAGCGUAGAAGUACGUUCUCACUGGUUUCAUAAUCACAGAGCUGCCAAAUAUCGCCUCGGCGGUAAAUUCCAAAGGGCUUGCAUAUUCUUUCACAACUGCAAAAUGGGUACGAGUUAAAAAUAAAAAUAAUUCCAAAAAUUGAACGCCUUGCUUGCUUUACCUUACUUACACAUCAUAGUGAGUGUAAAUAAAGCAUAAAUAACAAGUGUUUGCUUAUUUUUAUGAACCUCUUGCCUAUUUUUACAGUUGCAAAAGAAUACGCAAUAUUCUAUAGAAGCAAAAAGACGACGUCUGGGUUUUUCCUGACCUGCGGUUUGCCAUUUAUUUCUUGUGGCCUCGUGCAGCCAGGGCUAUUGCCAGUGCCGUGCAAAAGUUUUUAUCCCCCUUUCUGUUUUUCCUAUUUUGUUUCAUUACAGCCUGUAAUUUAAAUUGAUUUUUAUUUGGAUUUCAUGUAAUGGAUUUACACAAAAUAAUCCACAUUUGUGAAGUGAAAUGAAAAAAAU